AUGGACCAGGACAGUGUGAACAGUAUGGACCAGGACAGGAUGAACAGUAUAUUCCAGGACAGGGUGAUCAGUAUAGAUCACGACAGGUUGAACAGCAUGGACCAAGAUAAGGUGAAAAGUAUGGACCAGGACAGGGUGAGCAGUAUACGCCAGGACAGGGUGAAAAGUUUGGACCAGGACAGGGUGAACAGUAUGGACCAGGACAAGGUGAACAGUAUGGACGAGGACAGGGUGAACAGUUUACAUAAGGACAGGGUGAACAGUAUGGACCAGGAAAGGGUGAACAGUAUGAACCAGGACAGGGUGAACACUAUGGACCAGGAAAGGGUGAACAGUAUGGACCAGGACAGGGUGUACAGUAUGGACCAGGAGAAGGUGAACAGUAUGGACCAGGACAGGAUGAACAGUAUGGACCAGGAGAGGUUGAACAAUAUGAACCAGGACAGGGUAAACAGUAUACACCAGGACAGGGUGAACAGUAUGGACCAGGACAGGGUAAACAGUAUGGACCAGGACAGGGUGAACAGUAUGGACCAGGGCAGGGUCAACAGUAUUCACCAUGACAGGGUGAACAGUAUUGACCAGGACAGGGUGAACAGUAUGGAUCAGGACAGGGUGAACAGUAUGGACCAAGACAGAUUGAACAGUAUGGAGCAGGACAGGGUGAACAGUAUGGACCAGGACAGGGUGAACAGUAAAGACAAGGACAGGGUGAACAGUAUGGACCAGGACAGGGUAAACAGUAUACACCAGGACAGGGUGAACAGUAUGGACCGGGAGAAGGUGAACAGUGUUGAACAGGACAGGGUGAACAGUAUGGACCAGUACAGGGUAAACAGUAUGGACCAGGACAGGGUGAACAGUAUGGACCAAGACAGGGUGAACAGUAUGGAACAGCACAGGGUGAUCAGUAUGGAUCAGGACAUUGUGAAGAGUGUGGUCCAGGGAAGGGUGAACAGUAUGGACCACGACAGGCUCAAAAGUAUGGAACAGGACAGGGUGAACAGUAAGGACCACGACAGGGUCAUCAGUAUAAACCAGGACAGGGUGAAAAGUAUGGACCAGGACGGGGUGAACAGUAUGGACCAGGACAGGGUGAACAGUGUGGACCAGGACAGAGUGAACAGUAUGGACCAGGACAGGGUGAACAGUGUGAACCAGGACAGGGUGUACAGUAUGGACCUGUAA